AUGGAAUCAUCAAAGAAAGCAACUACAAGUGCUACAGGAGGAAAGGAGGAUUUUUAUCUAAGAUAUUAUGUGGGUCAUAAGGGCAAGUUCGGACAUGAGUUCUUGGAAUUCGAAUUUAGACCUAAUGGAAGAAUGAGAUACGCUAAUAACUCUUAAUAUAAAUCUGAGGGACUUAUUAGAAAAGAAGUUUAUGUAAACGAUGUUGUAUUGGAGGAAUUGAAGAGAAUUAUUAGAGAGUCAGACAUUAUUAAAGAAGAUGAUAGAAACUGGCCAUAACCAGAUAAAAUUGGCAGACAGGAACUUGAAAUAUUGAUGGGAAAUGAGCAUAUAUCUUUUACAACAUCUAAAUUUGGCUCAUUUAUGGAUGUCAAGAAUAGUAAAGACCCAGAGGGUUUAACUGUAUUUUACUACUUACUUCAAGAUCUAAAGUGCCUAGUUUUCUCUAUCAUUAGUUUACAUUUCAGAAUAAAACCAGUUCAAAACUGA